AUGAAGAACUACUGGAAAAUGAUGGAACCAGAAAAACCUAGUUUAUGUAUAUCUGUUAUUGGUGGAGCAAAGAAUUUUGUCCUUGAAGGACAUAAAAAAGAAGUUUUUUACUCUGGUCUAGUUCAAGCAGCACAAACAACUCAAGCUUGGAUUGUCACAUCAGGUUUAAAUUUAGGAAUUAUACGAGUAGUAGGCGAUGCACUGCAAGAACAAUCAUAUAGUACAGACAAAAGAAUGUUAUCUCAACAAUUAAGAUGUAUUGGUAUUGCUCCAUGGGGUUAUGUGCUGAAUCGUAAUACUCUGGUCGCUAAUAAUUAUGAAGAUCAUAUUCAUCCAAUACCUUAUACAGUGUCUACUGUUAUUGAGACAGGACAACCUGUUUCCCUAAACCAAAAUCAUACUCAUUAUAUUUUUGUGGAUGAAGGUAAACGUUUAAGAUAUGGUGGUUGUGAAUCAGCCCGAUUUCGUGCAAAGUUGGAAAAACAAAUCGCUCUUCCGGAAGGAGCUGGUGGCUUCGGCAUUCCGGUGGUGCUUGUAAUUGUAGAAGGUGGUCAUGAUGUGUUUAUUGAUGCAAGAAAUAGUAUUAAAGAACGUGUACCAGUUGUAAUAUGUUCUGGUACUGGAAGAGCAGCUGACAUACUAAAUAUGGCAUUUAAUUUUCGACUUAAACAUGCUCAAUUUACAUCAUUUACUGAGAGAGAAUCUUCAAUAUUAAGUCAAAAGUUGAAAGUAGUUUCUGGUAAAGAUAAAGUUGAGGCUGCCAUAAAAAUGAUUCAAUUUAUUGUACAAGAUACAACAUUGAUUACAACUUUUGAUAUGAAUAAAUCUGAUGAUUUAGAUUUAGCCAUUCUAUUUGCAUUAAUUAAAACAUCUUCGGAAUUAGAUAAACAAUUAGAAUUAGCCUUAACAUGGGAUAGAAGUGAUAUUGCUGAAGCGAAAAUAUUUCGUCAAGGUAAACAAGUUAACCCAGAAAUUUUAGAACCAAUUAUGAUGAAAGCACUGUUAAGAAACAAAACUGAUUUUGUAAGAAUCUUACUACAAAAUGGUGUUGUAAUGCGUCGAUUUUUGACAUUUGAACGUUUGCAUCGUUUAUACAAUGAAUCAACACAACCAAAUGAUUUAAUACGAUGUUUAAAAAAUUAUAAAUUACCGACUGGUGAACAUAUAACAGUAUCCACUACUAAACUUCAUUUACCGGUUCCAUUGAACAGUCAAAUGACUGCUGAACCAGACAAAUCAUCUACAUCUCCAUAUAGAAUAUAUUUGUCUACUAUAUGUAAAUUGUUACGUCGUAUGCUUGGAAGAUAUACCAAUAGAAUAUAUGAUUUAGACACUGAGUUAUUACAUAGUCAAAGGGCUGAUUGGAGUCGAGUAAGUAAGCUGACAUUUGUUUUGCCAUUUCAGGAAUUAUUUUUGUGGGCUAUACUUUAUCAACGACAUAAAAUGGCUUUAUAUUUUUGGGAACGCAGUGAAGAUGCACUAACACUUGCCUUAAUAGCUUGUUGUCUUUAUUCGGAUAUGAGUAAAUUAUUACCGACAUUUGAUACACAAGGUAAAAUGAAGUAUGAAGCAUAUGUGGAAGAAUUUGAAACUUUAGCCAUUCGUGUAUUGGAAGAGUGCAAUGGAAUUGAUCCGGAACUCACCUUAUAUUUGGUUGAAGGGGAAUCAUCAUUAUGGGGUGGUUUCAACUGUCUUCAGCUUGCUGCUCAAUCUGUUCGACGUAAAUUUAUUAGUUCUCAAGCCUGUCAAAAUUCUCUGGAUUUUGCAUGGUGCCAUGGUAUGCGUGCAAAUAUGCUUAUCACGUCUAUCAUCUUGAUUUUACCAUUUUUACUGUACUUCGAUAAUAUUUUAUCAUGGGAAGAUAAACGUCAACAUAUCACUGCAAAUCACCAUCAUAAAAGAACAAGCAGAUCUUCUAGACAUUCAGGAGACAGGGUAGAUGGAGAAAGGAUUGUUGAUAAACAUUCCAAACAAAGAAAUCUUACAGAAAAAUUUAAAAUGUUUUAUACUGCACCGAAGUCCAAAUUUUGUCUUUACACUAUGGUUUAUGUAAUAUUUCUGCUAUUCUUUUCGUACACUUUAUUAUUCAGUACAAUGCCCAAUAAAAUCACUAUACAUGAAGGUUUUAUAAUGGCCUAUUUUUUAGCCAUGAUAAUCGAUAUAAUUAGACAGAUACUUUUAUCUCCUGGUGUUGGGCAUAAAAAAAUAGCAGCCUGGUGGGACCAGUAUGAAUGGGGCCGAUCUGAACUUUUCGUAAUUUUGUUAGCCCUUUUGAGUAUGUUUCUACGUAUUGGUUUGGAGACGACAUUUAUUUAUUCCAAAACAUUUUAUGUAUUGACAUCUUAUGGUAUAUCUUUACAUGUUUUAUUAUAUCCUCAUCGUUAUGAAUUUGCAUGGAAUGAUGUACGUGAUGUUUUAUAUUAUCCAUAUUGGAAUUUAUAUGGUGAAUUAUCAUUAGAUUAUGCUUUUGCUAAGAAUGAUAGUUGCGGAACCAAUGCAGAUGGAAAAUUUUGUCCAAUGUAUCACUUCUUGUGUCCUCUAUUUCUGGCUUUGUAUUUAAUGAUUGCUGGGACGUUGCUCAUUAAUUUGUUAAUUGCUAUUUUCAGUAACGUUUUUAAUGAAAUCGAAUUUCAUUCAAUUGAAUUAUGGAAGUACAAUAUGUUUUUCAUGGUUGUUGAAUUUAAUAAGAAACCAAUUGUACCUGUACCAUUGUCAGCAGUUCAAGCUUUAAUAGAGCUUAUUCUAAGUUGUACAAAAAUGUCAAGAAUAAAAAACAAGAAUGGGAAAAAUCAUCGUUUAAGAACAACAGGAAAUUUGCAAUUAAUCGAUCAAAAUGAAAAUGAAUAUCAAAGAGAUGAUGGAGCGAAACUAUUUAAAUUUACAGAACGUAAUAUUCGACGUCCUAGUUUAGCGCCUACUGUAUCUUUUUCUCAAACGUCACCAAGACUAGCUGAUAUUAAUUUAGUGGAAACAGUUAUAUCUGAAAGUUUACAGCAUAAUUUAGAAGCACUAGAAGAAGAAGACAAUAAUGAUGAUCUACGCAGAGUUAGAGUAUUGGAAGCAAAUUGUAAAAGAAACAUUUUGAAAAAAAUGAAACUUGAUCGUGAGAAAACAAUUGAGGCUGGAAUACGUCAGCUUAAAGAUCGAUUUGAAGAAAUGUUUAGUGAUUUAAUUAAUGUUAGCGAAAAAAUUGAUACAGUGUCAAGAGAUUUGGAAUUUUUCAGCACAGCUAGUAGAACAAAGAGUACUGAAAAACCUGCUGAAUCUACCAACGUAAAAGUACCGGUUAUAACAGAACCUCAGAAAUUACAUUCUGAAACAUUAACUAUACCGAGUAAUGAUCAGACAAUAAGUAAUGCACAAUUGAAACAUUCAGUAGAAACAAGUAAAUUAAAUCCUGUUGAAUAUGCUGAAUUUAGCAGUGAAUCAGAUGGAGGAGAACUUAAUCUCGAUGUAUCAGAACCACCGGAAGAAGUUCUUCCAGUUACUAAUCAAUUAAAACACUCAAGUCGAAUCAGUUAUUCAUUAAAUGUUUUGUUCAAUGUAGAAAAAGACAAAAAUGAUAAUAACAAAUUUUAUGAUAAAUUCUUUUAA